CAAGACGCAGCAGACAUGGCCAUCUUCAUCAGAGAAGCAAUGUUAUCCCCUCUAAUCGAGCUAACUCCUGCUCACUUCCCUCACAUUACAGAAACUACUUCGCUGGUUGACUUCUUCGCGCCCUGGUGCCCACCAUGUAUGCGGUUGUUACCUGAAGUCCGCAAAGCUGCACGAGAUAUGCCUAAAGUGGUGUUUGGCAGUGUGGAUUGUGCUGCACAUUCUCAACUUUGUCAAAGGAUGUCUGUAAGCAGUUACCCCACAACAGUAAUGUACAACUCCAGUAAACCACACACCACCUCCGGAUACAAGAACAAGGAGGAAAUAUUACAAUUUAUAGAAGAUGUACUCAAUCCUCCGGUCAUACAGCUGGACUACGAACAAUGGAUUAUCAAAAUAAACAACAAGAAAGCUGAUGAGGUUUGGUUUGUGGACUACUACGCACCGUGGUGUGGACCCUGUAAACAACUAGCACCUACCUGGAACAAGUUCUCUAAAUCUCUAGACCACUUCGAGAAUGUGUUUGUUGCUAAAGUUGACUGCACUGUUGAAACUCAGGUGUGUAAACUAGAAGGUAUAAGAGGAUAUCCAGCAGUUAAAGUAUAUGGAGCUGGGAGUAAGGGUCGGGGAAAGUUCACUCAGUACAAGGGAUGGGGUCAACUAAACGACUUGCAGGGCUGGGCCAUGCCUCAUCUACCUUCUGAUGUGGAAACGUUGGUUCCAAAGAACUUUGUAGAUAAAGUACUCAAGUCCAAAAGUCCUUGGCUAGUGGAGUUCUAUACGCCUAAAUGCGGACCGUGCCAAAGAUUUGCUGGUGAGAUGGAGAAGUUAGCUGGUAAACUAAAAGAGAGGCUAGGUAUUGGUAAAGUAGACUGUAACCAGCACUAUAACCUGUGCUAUCAAGCUAAACUUAACGGCUUCCCUACACUCUACUUUUACCCCGGAGGCACUGGACAACCUCAGGAUAUAAAAGGAGUUAAUAUUGAGACUAGCACAGCAGAUCAGAUCCACAACCACCUGGUCAGACACUACCCCUUCCUUAAUACACCUCACCGUAGGGACGAACUUUAGUAGUUAUAAUCUAGGAACAUUUAAUAUUCAGAUGAGAGUGAGAUGAGAGUGGGUUUUUGGGGUCUAUGGUUCGAUGUAUUAUCAUAUUCUGAACUGAGCCUGAUAUAAUGAAUGGUUAACCACUUGUGGUAAAAAAGAAUAUGUUAGUAAUAAUAAUAUGACCGGUUUAGCACAAGAUAUUGCUAGAUAUUGCUAGAUAUGACAUAAUCGCUGGAUAUUUUAAACUUGGGUUUGCUGAAUGUUAAUUCAACGGUAAAUAAUCGGUUGCCGAAUUUUUACUAUCUUUUUAUUAUUGUAAUUUGAAAUUAUUUAUUAUCAGUUACUCAUUUAGGUGCAAUUUACGCUGCAAAUCGAUUUCAUCAUUGUUGUACGUUAUAACAUCA